CUCUGCAAUAUCUUAUUGAAUCUGAGAUGGUUCCUUUGUUGACUCUUUACCGCGUUAACAGCUUUAAUCUUACGAAACCGUUUUGUAGGUUUCGGAUGGCUCAUACAUCAGAUUCUGUAAAUCCCAAAGAUGUUUGCAUCGUGGGUGUUGCACGAACUCCAAUGGGUGGCUUUCUUGGAUCUCUUUCGUCUUUACCCGCCACAAAGCUUGGAUCCGUAGCUAUUGCAGGUGCUUUGAAGAGGGCAAAUGUUGACCCGUCUCUCGUCCAAGAAGUUGUGUUUGGCAAUGUUCUUAGUGCCAAUUUGGGUCAGGCUCCUGCUCGUCAAGCUGCUUUAGGUGCUGGAAUCUCGAACUCUGUUAUAUGUACCACUGUUAACAAGGUUUGUGCUUCAGGCAUGAAAGCUGUAAUGAUUGCUGCUCAGAGUAUCCAGUUGGGGAUCAAUGAUGUAGUCGUGGCGGGUGGCAUGGAAAGCAUGUCUAAUACACCUAAAUAUCUUGCAGAAGCAAGAAAAGGAUCUCGGUUUGGUCAUGAUUCGCUAGUAGAUGGAAUGCUUAAGGAUGGACUAUGGGAUGUCUAUAACGACUGUGGGAUGGGAAGCUGUGCAGAACUAUGCGCUGAGAAAUUUGAUAUAACAAGGGAGCAGCAAGAUGACUACGCUGUUCAGAGUUUUGAACGUGGUAUUGCUGCCCAGGAAGCUGGCGCUUUCACAUGGGAAAUCAUCCCGGUUGAAGUUUCUGGAGGAAGGGGUAGGCCAUCAACCAUUGUUGACAAGGACGAAGGUCUUGGGAAGUUUGAUGCUGCAAAAUUGAGGAAACUCCGUCCAAGUUUCAAGGAGAAUGGAGGCACUGUUACAGCUGGAAAUGCAUCUAGCAUAAGCGAUGGUGCAGCUGCACUUGUCCUAGUGAGUGGAGAGAAGGCACUUCAGCUAGGACUUCGUGUACUCGCAAAAGUUAAAGGUUAUGGUGAUGCAGCUCAGGAACCAGAGUUUUUCACUACUGCUCCUGCUCUUGCAAUACCAAAAGCUAUUGCACAUGCUGGUUUGGAGUCUUCUCAAGUCGAUUACUAUGAGAUCAAUGAAGCAUUUGCAGUUGUGGCACUCGCAAAUCAAAAGCUACUUGGGAUUAGCCCGGAGAAGGUGAAUGUUAAUGGAGGAGCUGUGUCUUUAGGACAUCCUCUAGGCUGCAGUGGGGCUCGUAUUCUAAUCACAUUACUUGGGAUACUAAAGAAAAGAAACGGCAAGCACGGUGUGGGAGGAGUGUGCAACGGAGGAGGAGGUGCCUCUGCUCUUGUUCUUGAACUUGUUUGA